CACUGCCGCCGCCUACCUGACUCCGACGCAUCGCCCACCGCCAUGUUAACCUUCAAUGCCACCUUGUCACAGUUUAGCGCACAUGCACCGCCCAAUGCUUGUGUAUUCACUGCCGCCACGUACCGGACUCCGACGCAUCGCCAACCGCCAUGUUCACAGAACUUCCCUCUCACACCCGGAUGUGUGUUGUCCGCUGUAUCGCCAUGGGUACCACCGAGCACCGGUGAAUCAUCAUGUCACCUUGCCAGGCUUUCCCACGUUGUAUCGCAAUUGCCACGGUUUGCCGCGGGCUGGGGAGAACAAGUUGCCGUCGCAUCUGUAUGUGGUGUAGGUCCUCCGGUUCUCACCUUUUUGCUGCUGUG